AUGAAAGUGCCUUUUGUUAUUUAUGCAGAUUUUGAAAGUGUUAUAAAACAGAUAAAUGAGAGAAAGAAAAAUUGUAGUUCAGUUAAAAUUCAGAAACAUAUUGCAAUAAGUUUUGUUUAUAUUAUUGUAUAUGCCAAUGGUGAUUUUGAAAGAAAAACUUUUGAAUAUUUUGGUGAAGAUGCUCCAAAAGUAUUAUAUAAAAAAUUAAGAGAAGAUGCUAUAUAUAUAGCUAAAAAUUAUUUAAAUAAUGUUAAGAAAAUGAAUGAGUUAACCGAGAUACAGAAAAAAGAGUAUGAAAAUGCAACAAUUUGUCAUAUUUGUGAAGAAAAUUUAACUAGCGUACCUGCCCAUAUUUCAAGUGACUUUAAAUGGAAAGAUAUUAAUAUAGUUGAUUAUAUAAAAGAGAAACUUUAUAAAGUUCGAGAUCAUGAUCAUUUAACAGGUCUAAUAGUACCAAAACUAUACCUAGACCUAAAUCAAGUACAUCUGCUAAAUAUAAUGAGAUGA